AUGCGUGCAUUUCGGUCGGACUAUUUGGGCGGUUCAGCAUUUUUUUGCCCUAAUUUCUCGGCUAUUUGCACAAAACCUGUUCGGUUCCGCGCCGAGAACGGGAGAAGGAAGCGGCGUUCAGUUCGCCUCUGCCUCCAUCGCAAGUUCGCGAGUGCGCGAUCAGUUCGCCUCUGCCUCCAUCGCGAGUGCGCGAUCAGUUCGCCUCUGCCUCCAUCGCCCAGCAGCUUAUUGUUUUUCCAAAAGGUUCGUCCAGUCGUCCAGUCGCCGACUCUGCAGGCCGAGAGACUGACAGUCGGCAUUCAGUUCGGCAGUCGGCAUAUUCUCUCAGGCAAUCCCAUCUUCAGUUUUUCUGAUCAAAUAGCUGAAGGGUUGAAGAUUAUGGAGAAGUAUUUUAAGAAGGCCUCACAAUCUUGCAUAUCAAUACCAAUAGAAGAUUCAAGAACGAAUGAUGAGGAAAAAAAUAAAAAAAGAAAUCGAACAUUUGGUGAAUCAUCAAACAACGAGCUUACAAAUCUAGAGAACCUUCAAUCAGAUCCUGGUUUACGUAUACCUAUUUCUGAAUUUAGUUUUAAUAUUCGUGAUCAAAUUCGAAGAGCAUAUUUGCAAAAAGGUCCAUGUCAGCCUCGCAAUCAUGACUUUCCCAAGAGUAAGUUUGGAAUAAAAGAUAGACGUUUCAAUCCGAAGUGGUUUGAUAAAUACUCUAGUUGGUUAGAGUAUAGUAUUCAAAAGGAUAAAGCAUAUUGUUUAUAUUGCUAUCUUUUUGGAGUAGAAGGUAGAGGAAAAGAAGAGGAUGAAGCAUUUCGCAAAAAUGGUUUCUCGAAUUGGAAAAAACCAGAUAGAUUUGAUAUUCAUAUAGGAGGACCAAGUAGUGCUCAUAAUAAUGCAAGGCAAAGUUGUGAUGAUUUAAUGAAACAAGAUCAACAUAUCAACUUUGCCUUGCAGAUGCAGUCUGAUCGAGUUACAAAUGCUUAUCGUAUCCGACUAAAUUCUUCCAUUGAUUGUGUAAAAUUCCUUCUAAGACAAGGAUUGGCUUUUCGAGGGCAUAAUGAAAGUUUUGACUCCAAAAAUCAAGGAAAUUUUCUUGAGUUACUGCAAUUCUUAUCAAAUCAUAAUGAAGAUAUAAAAAAUGUUGUACUGAAGAAUGCUCCUGAAAAUUUGAAAUUAACAGCCCCUGAAAUUCAGAAAGAUAUUUGUAGAGCCAUCUCUAGUGCAAUUACAGACUAUAUAAAAGCAGAGGUUGGUGACAGUUUCUUCUCUAUUCUCGUUGAUGAAGCUCGUGAUGUAUCAGGAAAGGAACAAAUGGCUAUCAUUAUACGAUAUGUGACAGAAAAAGGGCAAAUUACUGAACGUUUGUUGGGUAUUGUACAUGUUCCUGAAACGUCAGCUCGAUGUCUCAAAAAAGGAGUUGAAGAAGUCCUCUCAAAUUAUAGUUUGUCUUACUCUAAAAUUCGCGGUCAAGGUUAUGAUGGUGCAAGUUAUAUUCAUUGCUUUUCACAUCAGCUACAGUUAGCUUUGGUUGCAGUUGCGAAAAAUCAUGUUCAGAUUGCACUAUUGUUUACUAUAAUUUCAAAUGUGAUGAAUAUUGUGGGUGUUUCAUGCAAACGUCGUAAUCAACUAAGAGAUAAACAACGCGAUAUGACAUUAAGUGCAUUACACAAUGGUGAGGUGUUCACAGGACGAGGAUUAAAUCAAGAAAUAUCUUUACGGCGACCUGGUGAAACAAGAUGGGGUUCUCAUUAUGAGUCACUAAUAAGAUUGAUUACAAUGUUCUCCUCAGUUGUUCAUGUGCUUGAAAUAGUUUUGGAGGAUGGGAUAAGUUCUGAACAAAGAGGAGAAGCAUUUGCAUAUUAG